AUGGAUCGCAGCUUGGAUGAGAUCAUUGGCGAGCGCCCACGCCCAGUGAGUCGAUCCCUACCGACUCAAACGACGGCAACAGCAGCUAACAGCAUCUUCAGCGUGGAGGCAGAGGCGGCGGCCGCGGCUCAGACAGACGACCACCUCCAGCGAGAGCGCCACGUCGGGAGGAGUACCCAAGAGACGGCGUGCGAAAGGUCGGCCAAUAUCUCGAGAACAACACGUCUGCGACGCCAUCACUGACGAGCAUUACAGGUGCAACUUCCUCCCUCCUAGUUCCCCGUACCGUAACCCUACGCGCGAUGCUAUCGACGGAGGCCUUCUUCGGACGCGGCGAUCUUACGAUUGACAUCGACGGCAAUACAGACCGGAGCAUGCUGACCAGGGCUUUACUGCCGUACAGUACAGAAGUGACGAGCCCACCAACAUUGACUCGUAUGGCUACACAUAUCCAGCAUAUCCUGCGCGCAACACAGUGCUGACUCCACCAAGCGACUGGGUGCACGACCGUUACGAAGACGACCGUUAUGGUAUGCAUACGAUCUUACAUGAUCUGAUCUUGAGGGCGCCGGCUGACAAGCCGAAGUUCGCAAAGCCCCAGCCUAUGACGACGAACGCCCACCGCGCGGCCCAGGACCGUAUGUGCAAUUGCUGAAUCCUAGAAAGAAUUGGUCUGACACGUGAGUAGAGCCGGGACCCGCAUCCGCGUCGACAAUGUCCACUACGAAUUGACCGAAGAUGACCUGAGGGUAAGCUUGAAGCCUAGAGACCCGCAGAGGUCUUCGAAUCCUAACAGCGCAUAGGAACUCUUUGAGCGUGUCGGUCCCAUCCUCUCCGUCCGCCUUCUAUACGACCGCGCAGACCGCUCGCAGGGAACUGCCUACGUCAUUUACGAAGACCACCGCGAUGCGCGCGAAGCCGUCACCAAUUUCGACAACCAGUACGCCAACGGGCAGCCAAUCCGUCUGACUCUCAUGCCGAGCGGCCCCAGCGACCGCGCGCCUCGUGGUGUGUCGCUGGCUGACCGCAUCGAAAAGCCAGUGCGUAGCUUGGCGGAUAGAAUUGAGGAUAGUAGAAGCGACAGCCGCGACGAUCCGCGUAGGAGGAGACACAGGAGCGACAGUCCUCGCAAAGGAAGAAUUGCUCAAGAGACCUUGGAUCGCUACAUGCCCCUUCGCGGCUCACGGUCGCCCAUCAGACGCAGGGGUACUCCUCGCGGAGGAGCCGGCAGACGGCCAGGACAGAGAAGGGAGGAAGCUAGGCCACCACGCCGUCCACGCACCGAUGAUGACGGCCGUCCACUUGUCGGCGGCAGGCCUCGUAAGACAGCGGAGGAGCUGGAUGCGGAGAUGGCAGACUAUUGGGGCGGAAAAGAAGCCGGAAACGGAGACGCUGGUCAUCCCGCCACCGAGGAAGCAAACGGUGGAGGUAUCGGAGACAUUGACAUGGACAUCUGA